AAACCAAAAGUUAGGUGCGUGGUUGCCAAUUGGCAUUCUCAGUUUCACAGCAUUCUCCUGAAACCUGAACCCUUAUCUCGUCGCCUCCAUCCUCCGCCGCCGUUGAGAGAGAGCGGUAAUAAAGAUGAGUGAGGAAGGGUCAAAACCUCUGAUUGAUCAUGUUCAAGAUCAAGAUCAAGAUUUUAUGGUGGAAGUAAAGCAUCAGCUGCGAUUGGCAGUACCGCUAAUAACAGUAAACAUACUUCUCUACUGUUUGCAAGUGAUCUCUUUGAUGUUUGUUGGUCACCUUGGCGAAUUGCAACUCUCCGGCGCAUCUGUAGCAACUUCUUUCGCUGCAGUCAGUGGCUUCAGCGUCUUGCUAGGAAUGGGGAGUGCGUUAGAAACUCUGUGUGGCCAAGCUUAUGGCGCGAAACAGUACCAAAUGCUCGGUGUUUAUACUCAGCGAGGCGUUGUGGUGGUUCUAGCUUUGAGCGUUGGCCUUGCAGUUGUGUGGUACAACACCAGCUUCAUUCUGGUUGGUCUAGGCCAAGAUCACGACAUCUCUGCUGAAGCUGGCGUGUUCAAUCGUUGGAUGAUACCCAGCCUCUUCGCCUAUGGCAUCCUCCAAUGUCUCAUCAGGUUUCUGCAGACACAAAACAUUGUACUUCCAAUGGUGGUAACCUCUGCAGCGACUAGUGUGUUCCAUGUGUUCUUGUGCUGGCUGCUUGUGUUCAAACUCGAGUUUGGAAUUCAAGGGGCUGCAAUGGUGACUGUUGCUUCGUACUGGAUCAAUGUGGUGUUGCUGGCAUUGUAUGUUAACUUCUCCUCGGCCUGUUCAGAGUGUUUCACUGGUUUCUCAAGAGAAGCUUUUCAUGAUAUAGUUGGAUUUCUGAGGCUUGCAGUUCCUUCAGCUCUCAUGAUAUGCUUGGAAUACUGGUCAUUUGAAAUGGUCGUUCUUCUAUCUGGACUUCUUCCGAACCCGACUCUGGAGACAUCAGUACUAUCAAUAAGCCUCAAUACCUGCUGGAUGGUGUAUAUGAUAUCUGUUGGUCUUGGAGGUGCAGUAAGCACAAGAGUGUCAAACGAACUGGGAGCUGGAAAUGCACCUCGCGCUCGUCUUGCUGUAUAUGUAGCAGCAGCAAUUGCUGCCUCAGAAGGAGUGGUCAUCGGAGCAAUCACAGUUUUGGUUCGAAAUGUCUGGGGAAAGCUGUACAGCGACGAAGAGGAAGUGAUUGUAUAUGUGGCCAGAAUCCUGCCGUUGUUGGCACUAUCGGACUUCUUGGAUGGUUUCCAGUGUGUGCUAUCAGGAGCUGCUAGAGGGUGUGGAUGGCAAACAAUGUGUGCAGUCAUCAAUCUUGGGGCUUACUAUGUAAUAGCCAUUCCUUGUUCUGUGCUUCUUGCCUUCGUCUUUCACCUCGGGGGCAUGGGCCUUUGGAUGGGGAUCAUAUGCGGGCUUUCAGUCCAAGCUGUGGUUUUGAUUGUAAUAAAUAUACGCACUAAUUGGGAUGAUGAGGUGACAAAGGCUGUAAAUCGAGUUCAAGCAACUUAGGGAAUGGAGUCAUACUGAAGCUGCAAUGUCCCAAUCCAAACAUUAUGGAAGAAUUUAUCCAUUAUACACUAUAGUCAGUGUACAACACAUGUAGAAUUGCUGGAAUUACAAAGGUGGUCAUUAGAAAGUAGCAUAAUUAAACAGUGCUAAAUGUAAGAGCUUGUUCUUCACUAUUGACAAAUUGUUUAAACAAAUUCAAUCUAUUUCACUUCUACAGAAUAAAACAUGUUCUUCCAAAUUAAACAGGCGCUCAUAUGGCAAAAUUUCUUCAACUUCUGAAUGCUCAUACGAUAUAGUUUCCUUGCAAACAGUUGACAGAAAAUAACUGCGAGAUCUUAUCACUUCUGACUAGGUUCAAGAGCACUCGAUGGAAGACUGGUUGGAUAGCGGCUCGUCUCCCUGCUUGCUGGUUUCUGCAACAUGCUCCGGUGAAGGACAAGGCUGCUGCUGUUCAUCAUUUUCAUUCUUUUCUGGACAGAAAUUGAUUGGGAACUUCGUAACUCUAGGUUUAUCUGCUAAGAUGUUUCUUUGGACUUUAUCGAUUAGAACCUUCUGAGGUGGCUCUGCUUUUAGCUGCU